AAGCCCUGCAAACUUCCUCCCAGUCCCAGAAUUUUUGUUUCCUGCCAACAUCAAUCCCUUGAGCAUUACCAUGUCAUCGAUCACUGUCGCUGAAUAUCUCUUCACACGGCUGCUACAGCUGGGUAUGGAGUGCGAGAGAUGGCUUUGCCUUGUCAUGGCCGCGCCUUUACGCCAGUCACUUGGCUCUCCAUUGGAUAUAUGCUUCCCGCCUCUAAGGGGCUACCCUUGCACAGUAAGAGCUCAUGGCUGCGGACCAGUAUGAUGGCAUUCGGAAUGCACGUACCAUUCUCUUCAUCGGGGGUGGUAGUUUCCAGAUGACAGCCCAAGAGCUGGGAACCAUUAUCCGACAGGAAUUGAACGUUGUAGUCUUUCUGAUCAACAACGAUGGAUAUUUUAUUGAGCGUUGUAUCCACGGCCGCCACCAGGCUUAUAAUGACAUUGGCCGGUGGAGGUAUUUGCAGGCCCUCGCCUGUUUGGUGCGACGGACAAAGUAUACACGGCCUCGGCUUGCACCUGGAUCGAGCUGGAAACCGUGUUUGCCACGGAUCAGCUGUGGAAUGGGUCAGGAUGGCGCAUGGUGGAGAUUGUAUGCAAAUCAGAAGAUGCUCCUGAGGGUCCGUUGAUGGAUUAUUUGCAGACACGGAAGAGACAGGAGGAUGUAGGUAGAGACUGAGUGGUAGGUAGCGCAGUAGACGUAUUUUGCCUGGAAGAUCAGGCUAAAUGAGUU